GUCGCGUUCUACCAGUUACCACUUAGACAGUCAAGCAGCAGCCUAGUAAGAAUUCCAAGUUGGCUGGGUCAUGCCCCUCGUACGCAUAGAAGUGAGCGAUUUCAAGUCGUAUCGGGGCCACCAAGUCAUCGGACCGUUCAAGAACUUCACCUCCGUCAUCGGCCCCAAUGGUGCUGGAAAAUCAAAUCUCAUGGAUGCAAUCUCUUUCGUGCUUGGUGUGAAGAGUGCGCAGCUGCGCAGUAGCCAGCUGAAAGAUCUUGUCUACCGCGGGCGACGGCUCGCCAAAGGUCCAUUGGAUGGCUCUGAUGCCACUCAAGACCAGGAAGACGACGAUAAUAGUGAUGGAGAGGGUGAGGGGACCGCCAAAAAGGCAUGGGUGCUUGCAGUGUUUCAGGAUGAAAAGAGAAAGGAGUGGUUUUUCCAACGAACCAUAUCGACAACUGGAGCGUCUGAAUAUCGUCUGAAUAAUAAGGUGGUCACAUACUCUGCGUAUAAUGCCGCCUUGAUGUCCCACAACAUCCUCGUCAAAGCCAAGAACUUCCUCGUCUUCCAAGGUGAUGUCGAGGCUGUCGCUUCCCAGUCUCCAAAAGAGCUUUCCCGUCUUAUAGAACAAAUCUCGGGUUCUCUUGAGCUCGCUCAAGAGUAUGAGAAAGCAAAGGAAGCCCAAGAACGCGCAACAGAGAACGCAACCUUCAAUUUCACGAAGAGAAGAGGAAUUGCGGGUGAAAUAAAACAAUAUAAGGAACAAAAGGGCGAAGCAGAACGAUUUGAGAGCUUGUGCGAUCAAAAGGAUGACCUUAUCUUGAAACGCAUUCUUUAUAAGCUUUUCCACAUCGAAGAGGCACUUGAAGCAAAUGCACGCGAAAUUCAAACAAAGUCAAAGGCUCUCGCUGGUUUACGUGCAGAGCAUGAAGAACACGAGAAGGCUCUUGAGAAUGUGCGUGCAGAACAAGCACGGGCCCGCACAGCAGUCGUACGCGAGGAGAAGAAAGUCAAGAAGGCCGAAAAGGCAUUGGAAGCUAAGGAACCUGAGCUAGUGGAAGUGGACGCUCAGAUCAAGCAUUCAUCCAGAAAGCUGCAAAAUUCACAGAAGAUACAGGAGCAGGUUGGAAAUGAUGCUGAACGUCAGCAAGCUAAGCUCCACUCGCUCACUCGGGAUCUUUCCAAUGCUAGACAGGCUGCAGAUGAGGCUGCAGAGGCCCACAGACGUGCAUCUCAACAUAAUACUUCCCUGAGCGAAGACAGUCUAGCCGAAUAUCGCUCACUAAAAGCAUCAGCCAGCGUCCUCGCCGUUUCUGAGCGUCAGGUUCUGGAGACGCUCAGUCGAGACGAAAAGACAGCGUCCCGGACACUUACUCAAGUGAGGGCCAAAGAUGAAGAGCUGCAACGGAACCAGGAAAGACUGCGCGGCGACGAGCAAACUCAGAAAGUCAGCAAGUCCGAGCUCGAGGAGAAGCUUGCUACCCUCCAGGGUGAUCAUGCGAGCUCAAAGCAAGAAUACGAAAAUCAGCAGAGCGAGCGGACAAGGAUCAGCCGUCUUGAGACCGAGACGAACGAAAAGCUUGCGGAUGUUUAUCAGCGCUUGCUUCAAGCAGGCGUCGACAGGAACGAAUCCGAGCGCGAGGCAAAGCUCAAGGAGACACUCACCAGCCUGCAGCGCAUCUUUCCAGGCGUCCGCGGGCGUGUGGUUGAUCUCUGUAAACCCACACAACGCAAGUACGAGACAGCCGUAUCUGUCAUACUCGGGCGCAAUAUCGACGCUGUCGUCGUGGACGAAGAGAAAACUGCCAUCGAAUGCAUCGACUAUAUGCGCACACAGCGCGCAGGUCAAGCGACUUUCCUCCCGCUCGACACGAUUAGUACCAAGCCAAUCAACGACAAGUUCCGCUCGUUUGCCAGAGGCGCACGUCUCGCUGUGGAUGUGAUCCAGUAUGAGCCUGCCGUAGAGCGCGCUAUGCUCCAUGCGUGUGGGAAUGCACUUGUGUGUGACACGAUGGAUGUGGCGAGGUAUGUGUGUUGGGAGCGGGGGCAGGAGGUGAAAGCUGUUACAUUGGAGGGUACUGUUAUCCAUAAGAGUGGGCUUAUUACCGGUGGGCGCAGUACACAUGGGGGUGGAAAGAAGUGGGAGGAGAAGGACGUGCAAGCUUCAGGAAUUGAAUCGCUCGAAACCGAGGGGCAAGGCAGACGAAAACGUCAUCGCUGAAAUCACACGACUAGAGAGUGCUAUAGCUGUUGCAAGAGACGAUCUGAGCGCAUGCAAAUCCAGGUACAAUGGCAUCAAAGAAGAGCUAAAGCACGUCGAACGGGAACUCAAGAAGCUCUCUCCUGAGCUCA